UUCAACCUAAGCUCACAUAUAAAGCAUACUAACCUUAAUUCACACACACACAAAAGCACAUGGAGUCUACCAAAAUUUUAACGUUCAAAGUAGUGAAAAAAACCCCAGAGCUGAUCACCCCGGAAACGGAAACGCCUAAAGAAUUUAAACUCCUCUCGGACAUCGACGACCAAGGGGCCCUCCGUGCCCAAACUCCGGUGAUUCAGUUUUACCGGAGAAGCCCCUCGGCCCAAGGGAAGGACCCGGUCAAAGUGAUACGUGAAGCCAUUGCCAAGGCCUUGGUUUUGUACUACCCUUUGGCGGGACGCCUGAGGGAGCGGCCCAACCGCAAGCUGGUAGUGGAGUGCACCGGAGAGGGGGUGGUGUUUGUCGAAGCCGACGCUGACGUGGCACUGCACCACCUGGGUGAUGCCCUUUAUCCUCCCUUCCCAUACUUGCAUAAGCUUCUUCACCAUCUCCCAUCCACUGCUGGUCUCAUCAAUUGCCCAUUGUUGCUUAUUCAGGUGACACGGCUUACAUGUGGUGGGUUCGUGUUCGCCAUCCGCUUGAAUCACACCAUGGCCGACGCGGGAGGGCUGGCCCAGUUUUUGUCGGUCGUCGCCCAGUUUGCCCACGGAGCCGACGCCCCUUUGACCCGGCCCGUCUGGGAAAGACACCUCCUCAGCGCUCGUAACCCCCCGCGCGUGUCAUGCACACACCACGAAUAUGGCGACACUACCACUACUUCCACCACUACUACUCCACCUGAUAAAGAUAUAGUGGACCGAAGUUUCUACCUCAGCGCCACCGACAUCUCCGCCCUCCGCAGCAUCCUACCGCCGCACCUCCGCGGCUGCUCCACCUUCGAGAUCGCGGCAGCCUGCACGUGGCGCUGCCGGACAAUCUCGCUCCCUCUACACCCCAACGAAGUGAUAAGGAUCUCAUGCAUGGUGAACUGCCGGAAGCGGCUCAAUCCGCCGCUCCCGGAGGGCUACUACGGCAACGCCAUCGUCUACCCCGCGGCCGUGUCGACGAGGGAGAGGCUGUCGCUGCGGGAGGCGGUGGAGCUGGUGAGAAGCUCGAAGGCGCAGGCGACGGAGGAGUACGUGAGAUCAGCUGCGGAUCUGAUGGCGAUGAGAGGGCGGCCCGGUUUUGUAGAGAGGGGGACUUUUAUAGUGUCGGAUUUCACGCGGGCGGGUUUGGGAGAAACGGACUACGGGUGGGGCGCGGCGGCUUAUGGCGGGCCGGCGCAGUGCAGGGAUCUGGUUCCUGGAGUUGUGAGCUAUGUGAUAGCGCAUAAGAAAGGGGUGGUUGUGACCAUGUGUUUACCGGCAAACGCCAUGGAAAAGUUUGCGUGUGAGCUUGAGAGGGCUGUGGCGGGUAACCGGACAAGCUUACAUGUUAUAGCCUCGGCGCUGUGAUCUUAAUUACGGAUUAAGCAGCAAACAAUAUAAAUUAGAUUCA